CAGGAAGUUUGCUUUUUGUCUUUUCCUAUAUAAUUUUUCUGCUUAUUUGCGCAGCAAGUCUUCCUGGAUUAGAACCAAUAUGGAGAAAUACUGAAGAAGGGCAACAAGCAUUUAUAAAGAAUAACAAAACAACAUGGCAGAAAACAGAAGACUCCUCACAAACUUUCUCUUUUUUAGUAGUGUCUUCACAUUAACUCUUUGGAACAAUAUCAAGCCAUCUGAUGAAAAUGAAUUUAUUGCAAACUAUUCUGGCAGCUUACUAGAAGACCAUUAUGAUUAUGAAACCAAGAGCCUGCUGCUCUCACACAGAAAGAGGCUUCAGUUUGCAUCAGCAGAUAACAAAAUAAACCAUCCCAGCUGGGAUGUGGAACAAAAUACUUCGGACAGUUUAGUACUGUCAAAUAUCCCAAAGGAUGGAAUCAGUGAUUUAAUACAACUAUUGUCAAAAUUCAACAAAACCUCAGGAUUAAAAAAUCUUGCUCUGAAAAAUAUUACAACAUCCUGGGAAAACUUUAUUAGAAUCCUUCAGAUUGUGUGGCAUACAUCCACUGAAUAUUUCAGUAUCUUCAAGGUGAAACUGAUGUCACAUAUUAACAAGCAACACUUCAACUACAAUGGUACUUCACUGAAAGCAGUGAUAAUAACGAAUGUUUCCAUUGAUGUAUUCUAUUUUUCACAGGAUGACCUCUACUGCAUAUUUUCAGAGAUGAACAUUACAGCCUUGACAAUAUCUAAUUCAAAGAUAAUACAUAUGCUUUGCCCUUCCAAACGAAGUCAAUUUCGCUUUUUAAACUUUUCAAACAAUGAUUUGACAGACAUGGUUUUUCAAGGCUGUAAUAACUUAGAUCUCCUGGAAACACUUAUUCUACAGAGGAAUCAAUUAAAAAAACUUUCUAAGGUGAGCUCAAUGACGAGUAAAAUGAAAUCACUGAAACACUUGGACAUAAGUAGGAAUUUGCUGUAUUAUGAUGAGAAUGAGAACCACUGCCACUGGGUUGGAACUCUGGCUAAACUGAAUUUGUCCUCAAACAAAUUGACGGACUCAGUUUUUGAAUGUUUGCCAAUCAAUGUCCAAAUACUUGAUCUGCAAAAUAACCAAAUCAGAAUGGUCCCCAAAGACAUUACUGACCUGAAAGCUUUGAAAGAGCUAAAUAUUGCAUUUAACAGGUUAACUGAGCUGCCUGGAUGUGGUCAUUUUAGGGGUCUGGAAUUACUGAAUAUAGAAGAGAAUUCAAUUCUCAUCCCAUCAUCUGACUUCUUCCAUAGCUGUCAAAAUAUCAGAGAGCUCAGAGGAGGACACAAUCCAUUCCAGUGUUCUUGUGAAUUACGAGACUUUGUUAAUUUUGAAAAAAAAUCAGGCGGAAGGUUGGUUGGCUGGCCAGAAUCUUAUGUGUGCGAAUAUCCAGAUGACUUAAAGGGAACAGAGCUAAAGGACUUUCAGUUGUCUGAACUGUCUUGCAAUACAACUCUCUUGCUUGUUAUAGCUCUAGUUGUUACAGUGGUGGUAGUGGCUGUGACAUCCUUUCUGUGUAUCUAUUUUGACAUAAUGUGGUAUUUGAAGAUGAUGUGGCAGUGGACACAAACAAAACGUAGGGUUCGGAAGAGUCACCCUGAAGAUCUGCAAAGCAUUUUACAGUUUCAUGCUUUUAUUUCAUACAGCGAACGGGAUUCCCUCUGGGUGAAGAAUCAUCUGAUCCCAAACCUGGAGAAGGAAGAUGGGUCUGUACAGAUCUGUCUGCAUGAGAGGAACUUCAUUCCUGGCAAAAGCAUAGUUGAGAACAUUAUAAACUGCAUUGAGAAAAGCCACAAAUCAAUCUUUGUUUUGUCUCCCAAUUUUGUCCAGAGUGAAUGGUGCCACUAUGAGCUUUACUUUGCCCAUCACAAAUUAUUUAGUGAAAGUUCCAAUAGCUUAAUCCUCAUUUUACUGGAACCAAUCCCGCAGUAUCUCAUUCCUGCCAGAUAUCACAAGCUGAAAGCUCUCAUGGCAAAGAGAACAUACUUGGAGUGGCCAAAGGAGAAAAGCAAACAUGGCCUUUUCUGGGCUAACCUUAAGGCGACUCUUAACAGUAACCUGCCAAUAUCUGGCAAAGUGGUUGUAGAAACAGACUAAGAAUUAUUUUUAUUUAAAUUGUAUUUUUAUUCUGAGAAAAUAAUAAACAUUGGAUUAUAAUGAUUAA